AGCCCAAGGGCGGUUCUUUGUUAUUCUGAUCACUGUAGGAGAUCAGAUCGUAACAUACCGGAAAAUACGACAACAAAGAAACCUCGCGAGAAACCGCCGCCAGUUUUGUACUUCGUUGACCACUUCUUCAUGGAUACGGAGCAAUAUGUCCUAUUGUCCACGUUAACUAUAAAAUAAAUCUCAGCGUUCACUUUGUUAGAAAGUUAAUAUCCCAAUGUUACACCUUCAACGGCCUCAGAUCAUGUCAUGUUACUUCCAUAUCCUUACAAGACAAAAGCAGUAAACGUACGCAACCAGCAGACGGAAAUUCAUAAAAUAGUAGUAUAAAAAUACAUUUAUCUCUCGAAUCCUCUACCCACACAAAAGAUCCCCAAUCACCUUCUUCCCGCUUGGUGCUUCCUCUUUCUUCUUCAAGGUUCAUCUAUGUCUUCCUAUACCAGACCAUACUCAUCUCAGCAGUCAUAUGCUCCAUCCGCUCCAUCCCUGCCCGAGUCUUAUGAGCAGCAGCAGCAGGAGGGCUACUCAUAUAAUGAUCCUCCUUCAAGUGACUACAGGCGGCGGCAGCAGCCUCCUUAUGCGGUAGGAUAUGGACAAGGACAAGGACAAGGACAAGGACAAGGACAGGGUGGUUACUCUUAUGGAACCUCUGGUUUUCCAGCAGGGACACAUCCAGAUGUGAUUAGGAGCUUUCAGAUGGUGGAUAGGGACAGGAGUGGAUAUAUCGAUGAGAAUGAGUUGCAACAAGCUCUGUCUUCUGGAUAUCAACGGUUUCAUAUUAGAACUAUUAGGCUGCUUAUGUUUCUCUUCAGGAAUCCGUAUGAUCCUCUACGAAUUGGACCCAAAGAGUUUGCUGCUUUAUGGAGUUGUCUUGGUCAAUGGCGUGCAAUAUUUGAGAGAUAUGAUAGAGACAGGAGUGGGAAAAUCGAUUUGUUUGAACUGAGAGACGCUCUUUAUGGGAUUGGCUACACAAUUCCAUCUUCUGUUCUUAAAAUUCUGAUUUCCAAGUAUGAUGAUGGAAGUGGCAGAAAGAUUGAACUUAACUUUGACAGUUUUGUUGAGUGCGGUAUGAUUGUGAAGGGUCUGACGGACAAAUUUAAGCAGAAGGAUUCACGUUAUACUGGUACAGCAACCUUCAACUAUGAUGAAUUCAUGUCGAUGGUCAUUCCAUUUCUUGUAUCAUAUGAUUGACUGUGAAACUUCUCAUGUUAUGAUCUUUUCAUUUUUGUUUUAAGAUUUGUAGUGCCUCAAUUAUUUUUUUUUUAUUUUUUUAUUUUUUUUAUUUUUUAUUUUGGGAAGAACUCCCAUUGUUUGAAGUUUGUCAAUUUUGUGAGAAAUGUAUAUAGCAUUUUGAUUGCCUCU